CCGAUAGGCGGCAGUGGCACUGCCACAUGACAUACAAUUCACUUUGCUGCGCUCCGAAACAGGAAGUGUCUUACACACCGGAAGUGAUGAUGGCCGCAAUGGUUACCAUGGUGACGGGCACGCCGGUGGUGUUCUGACAGGUUGUGUCCUUAGUCCCUGCAGCGGCUGCAGCCCAGCUAUGGGGGAGAGCGGAGAUAAUAAUUCAUACACUAUCCGGCCUAACUUCCAGCACAAAUUUAGAACUGCAAUAGUAAAGGAUUGCAUUCAAUCUGUGCUGAAGAAAGAACUCAAAAGUAAACAGUAUAUACCUGAAGAGAUUCCACAAUUGACCCGUUUUUUGUCAGAAACUAUAAAAGAUCAACUGAAAGAAUUGGGUUUCGAUAGAUACAAAAUAGUGGUGCAAGUUGUGAUUGGUGAACAAAGAGGAGAAGGCGUGAAAAUGGCUGCCAGAUGCUUCUGGGAUGCUGAUACUGAUAACUAUGCUGAAGAUGUUUUCAUGAAUGAAUAUCUUUUUUGUGUUGUUGCUGCAUUUGGAUGUUUCUACUAUUAAGAAGACACGCAAUUAUUUACAUGUGAUAUUACUACCUUACUGUCAGCACAAAUAUUAUGAUGCAUUUUCUUCACACAAUAAGAAAUGCAUAAAUAUAUUGGUGUAAAUAAAUACAUUGUUGUAUCAUU